GCUGUCCCUACUGGUCAGGAGUUUGUGCCUCGCUGCCACUCUUCUGCUGGUGACAUUCACACGUCAUUUCAGCUGGAAAAGCCAAUUCAGAAUGGUGAAUAACACUGAAGACCCUCAAGAGGCUUUGUAACGUCCCAUCCUCAUGUAAAGUAUGCUCAGAACUUUUCCAGUAGUCCUGCUGGAAACCAUGUCUCACUACACAGACGAGCCAAGAUUCACCAUAGAGCAGAUCGACCUCCUGCAGCGCCUGAGACGCACGGGAAUGACCAGGCAUGAGAUCCUGCACGCCCUGGAAACCUUGGACCGUCUGGACCAAGAGCAUAGCGACAAAUUCGGGAGAAGGUCUGGCUACGGAGGCGGCUCCUACGGCAACAGCACCAACAACGUGCCGGCGUCUUCCUCGACGGCCACGGCUUCCACACAGACGCAGCACUCCGGGAUGUCCCCGUCCCCGAGCAACAGUUACGACACCUCCCCACAGCCUUGCACUACGAAUCAGAACGGGAGGGAGAGUAACGAGAGGUUGUCCGCCUUCAACGGGAAGAUGUCGCCCACCCGCUACCCCCUGGCCAACAGCCUGGCCCAGAGGUCCUACAGCUUCGAGGCUUCCGAGGAGGACUUGGACAUCGAUGACAAAGUGGAGGAGCUGAUGAGGAGGGACAGCAGUGUGAUAAAGGAGGAAAUCAAAGCCUUCCUCGCCAACCGGAGAAUUUCCCAAGCAGUUGUUGCACAGGUAACAGGUAUCAGUCAGAGCCGGAUCUCCCAUUGGCUGUUGCAGCAGGGGUCAGACCUGAGUGAACAGAAGAAAAGGGCAUUUUACAGAUGGUACCAGCUUGAGAAGACAAAUCCUGGGGCUACACUAAGCAUGAGACCCGCUCCCAUCCCAAUAGAAGAGCCAGAAUGGAGACAGACGCCUCCCCCAGUCACAGCUACCUCUGGGACCUUCAGACUACGGCGAGGCAGUCGGUUCACGUGGAGAAAGGAGUGCCUGGCUGUUAUGGAGAGUUACUUCAAUGAGAAUCAAUAUCCCGACGAGGCAAAGAGAGAAGAAAUUGCCAACGCCUGUAAUGCAGUUAUACAAAAACCAGGAAAAAAGUUGUCGGAUUUGGAGCGAGUUACCUCCCUCAAAGUGUACAACUGGUUUGCCAACAGGAGGAAGGAGAUCAAGAGAAGAGCCAAUAUCGAAGCAGCAAUCCUGGAGAGCCAUGGAAUAGAUGUACAGAGUCCUGGAGGUCACUCCAACAGCGACGACGUGGACGGCAACGACUACUCAGAGCAGGACACUUGGCAAGUACGCAACGGGGAGGAGGAGGGACGAUGUUCUGAAGGAGGCAGAGAAGCAGAGAAGGUAGAAGAAGACAGGAGGAUCUGCUCCAAACAAGAUGACAGCACUAGCCAUAGUGACCACCAAGACCCCAUUUCCUUAGCUGUGGAGAUGGCAGCAGUCAACCACACCAUCCUGGCGCUGGCCCGGCAAGGAGCCAACGAGAUCAAGACAGAGGCUCUGGACGACGACUGAUGCCAAGAGAGGGGAGGGUCAAAGCAAGAAGUAACUUAGUUUUAGACGUAGCACCUUAGCAGACUUUCCUCGGUCCUUAAUAUGUGUUCUUACAGUAUAACUUUGCAGUUUCUUGUACGUCAGUUAGCUGUUAGGGUCUUGUUCUGUGAAGAUGGCAUGGUGCCCUCAGCCUUUGCAUAUACUCUCUCAGUAUUAAUUCCCAAUAAAUAAUCAAUCAACCAACCAACCUCCCUCUCCCGGCCCCCAGUGGCUAGAAAGGUAAAAUCAAAAAAAAAAAAAAAGAAAAAAAAAAAAAAAAAAAAAGAAAAAAA